AAAUUAAUGUCUCACUUUUAAAUAUUAAUUCUCAAACUGUCGAUUGGGGCCCAGAAGAAAACGAAAACAAAAGUGAGCCCAUUGAAUCAUUGAUGACGACUACACCAAAGUUAGAUGGUCUAGGCCCAGAACAGAGACCCAGUAAACGUUAAUUUAGAGUGUAUAAAUUAAAACCCUAUCUACUGUCCAAUUCUGAACCCUGAAUCCUAAAUCUUCAAACUCUCUCUACGCCUCCAGUAUGAUUGUCUAUCUGCAACCAAUAUCCGAUCUCGACCUGAACCCUGCCCAACUGAAAACUCUACGUACUAAACUCAAGCACCUCAUCCGGCAAGGUCGCUAUGUCGAGUUUGAAUCAUCAUCACGGAAGUUGUUGGCAAAACAUGGAUUAAUUAGGAGCAAAGGAGAAGCACCGAAUGCUCCUGACAACAGCCACCGUGGCUGCGGCCGUAGCGCAACUGGUGAAGGUUUAACUGACAGUCCUCCUUUACCAAAGGGCCAUGGUUAUAUUUCUUUGGGAACCAUGGUGGAUAAGCAUGGUAAUGUCUCUGAAAUACCUUCUAGCCGUUCUGCUCUCAUGUAUUGUGGUCUUUGUUGUAAAGAAGGAGACCACUGGACACGAAAUUGUCCAGACUGGCAUCGACCAGAACCAGAACCAGCAUCUGCUGUUCAGACCAAGAGAAAAGAAUCAAAAUCAGUUGUUCAGACACAGAGAAAGAAAAAAUCAAAAUCCGCUGCUGGCACCAACAACAGCUCAUAUGAGACCAAAGAAUGAUGAGAACUGUCCGUCUUUGUGAGCCAUGUUUUCUGAGAAGACUACUGGUGCGAAGAGAACAAUUAGUCUUUUAAACUGUCUUUAAAUGUCAUAUGCAUAGUGGGAAACUUGUUUACUUUACUGUCAUUAUAACUAGGAAAGUGUUGUCGUGUUUUUUUGUUCAUUUUUUAAGGAUUUUGUCCGUCAACAGUUAAAAUAAUGAUGGGAUUGCGGUCUCCGAUUGACUUGCAUGCAGUUGAAAGUUUUUGUGAAAAGGUCGUCUUUUUUGGUGGGGAAAUUAUUUCCAAAGCCAUCGAUGAGAUGGUGGUGAAAUUUUUAGAAAAAUCUGUGAAGGGACUCUUGGCCUGAGGGAGGGUAAUGCAUCAAGCCAUAAAUUGUUCUGUUUUGACAGGGUAGCUAAUCUAUGGAUUUAACCGAGUGAUUUUAUGCUUGGACUGUGUUUUAUUAUGUCUUUGGAACGUACUGCUCCUAAAAGCUUCUCAAAGUGACUUUGAUACCAGAAAUCAAAGGCAACAAUGAUGUGUGUACAAGGUACCAGAUUACAUGACCAACAUUACGACAGAAUCUGUUCAUUCAGACAGUUUGAUAUGUGAUAGAAUUGUAAGGAAGAUUGAAGAAGAUGAUGAAAAAACCAGAAAAGAGAGAGAGCUUCGUAUAUUGUCAAUCUCUAUUCUAUCUUAGAUUAGUUGUGGUAACAUACAUAAUUAUAAAUAGGAUCUAAACAUACACUUUAUGUGCAAGAGACGCAAAUUUUGAGCGCAAAAAAAACAAUAUACAGAGAAAUUAACAGGGCUCGUGGAGAUGUAGUGGCGAUCUUUGAGAUCAAUCAAGUAUGGAGAGAUUAGCUCCUAUGGAACAGGACAAGGAAGAAGUACAUGACUUGUAUGAGUUGUAUCCAACUAGCAGUCUUUCGCACACAAUACAGUUCACGACGUCAUGCAGACAUGCACUCACGCAGAACGUGCUCUGUUCGAUCUCCUCCGAACUCCUCCGACUGCCGAUUUCUCAUCUCCCGCGCCUCCGACGGAUUCAUCGAGCUGUGGGGCCCAACCACCGGGCAACUCGAUCAACACAUUUGACCUUCAAUACCAGAGCCGGCCCUGAGGGCUGCAGCCUGAGGCCGCCGCCUCAGACCACCGGUCUCCGGCGGGCCUCCAACAGUUUUUUUUUUUUUUGUAUAUUUGUAGUUCAGCGAGC